UACACGGAAAAUGUAUAAAAGUGCAAAAUACAUUAUGAAUGUGAAAACCGCAUGUAAAGACCAAAAAACGCAUUUUUAAAUGCGGUGUAAUAUAUGGGAAAUCCCUUAAAAAAAGAGAUAAAAUUUGUUAUUCCAUGCAAACUAUCAGCUCGUCUCAAUUCCUUUUUCAAAAGUGUGUAUGUAAAUGCCUUUAUCUAUAUAACAAAAAAAAGAUAGAAUCGUCAAUUGUGAGAGGAAAGUGCUAAAAGUGCAAAGAAGUGUUGUUGCUGUCUGUCCUCAUGUGUUGGACACCGUAAAAAGUGCUGAAAACAAGGUUAUUUAAAAACAUAUUUCUGUACACAUCUCUGAAAAUUGCAUAAAAUUCAUGUUAUUUUGUUCAUUGGCAGAAAUCCCGUUAAAGUCAAAUGAAAGUCGUUUAAAAGUCUACAUAACGGGUUAAGAUCACAAGAAAAAAAGUACAUAAUUUCAACCAAAAACAUAAGAAUUUUAAUACAUAGUCGGUUCUAUAUACAACACAAAGUUCAACGAUCGUUUCGUACGGUGUAUAAAAGAACGGAGAUUAAUGUUAACUCUCUCAUUACAUUGGUAUUGAAGAAGAGAGUAAAUAACUAGAUUUCAACUGGAAGGGCCAAAGCCAAAAGCGAAUGAAGGAAGAGCAAAAAAGCAAAAAAGAAGAAGCACUCAGGCAGACAGACACACACUUGCAAGAAGAAGAAUUUAGUUACAUUUGAAUAGAUUUGAAGUUAAGUGAUGAGUGCAAUCGGAAGGCAAUAUUUAAAACAAUUGUGAAAGAACGAAAGGUGCAAAAGUUAAAAAGAAAAAUGUGCUUUAAUUUACGUUCACUAUUUGUAAAGCAUGCAAAAGGUCAUAAAAUUUAAAAGGAAAAAAAAAAGGAAAAUUGUUGAAAUAAAAAAGGAAAAUUGUUUGAAAAAAAAGACAAGUGAAAUUAGAAGAAAAGCAAAAAAAAAAAAAAACCAAUCACUCUGUUGAACAUACAUACAUAGUUAAAAGCAGACAGCACUAGACAAGUUAAAAAAAAAAAAAAAAAAAAAAAAAAAUAUUGUAAAAUAAGUGUUUAAAAUUACCGCAACAACAGGUAAAGUUUAAAAUUUAAUAACAUUCACAAACUGGGCCCUAAAAAUCAAUGAAAACAAAAGGAAAAAAUAUUGCACAUGUGGCUUAUUAACUAAAUGUAAAUUUAUUGCACCGUUUAAUUUAUUGCACUUCAUAAAGAGGGAAAAAGAAUUAACCCGCAUUCUCAUACAUUAAGGUGGGUGAUUAUGUAAAUUUCGAUCUACAAUGCGUGUCCAAGACGUCUACAAGUGCAUGGUGUGCCAAAACCGCCACGCCCUCAGGUACUGCCCAUCUUUUAUUUUGAUGACUGUCGAAGAUAGAAGGACGGCAGUUAGACAACACAAGUAUUGUCGAAAUUGCCUUGCCAAAAGCCACACCGUGGAAGAUUGCCAGUCGACGGAGACGUGUAGGAAAUGUGGGUUCCAGCACCACACCAUGCUGCACCCACGAAAACUAGCACCAAAGCCGAAAAGCUCCAAGGCAGCCACCAGAACGCCCAUGGCACAGCCUCGGCGACAAGAGCCAAAAAAAACCAACAAUGGCCAAUCCACAUCCGCUCAGGCCCAACGAGACCAACCAGCCAAAUCACGACUAGGCCGACGUCAAAAUACAGCUGCCGCCCGCCAACAACAGCCACACCCCAAAAGACACAACGGGCCCCAGAACCACCGAAACAACAAACAGGCAAACCAACGCAACACUCAACAAAGAAUCAACCGAAAGCCAAAGCGCAAACCCCAGCGAAAACCCACCAAGAAACCACAACACCAACCAACAAACCAACCACCAACUCUCCAACCUAAUUAUUUGAUUUUGUCUGAAGCGAUCAAGUCGCUGGCAACCGUCUUGUGUGCAACUCCCUCAAACUUUGCGUGAACGCAAGGCCGGCGCCAUGGACAAAUUUGAAUUUGUCCCUUUAAAUUUAAGAAUAUAAGGUAGAAUAAGUGCCAUGAAUUUUAAUUGAAUUGUGAAUUAUUAUUAUGAAUUGUAUAGCGUAUAAGAUAUCCCCCUUUUUUGCCAUCCGUACUAAUCUGGAAUAGAGUGUAAGACUAUUGUGAAUUGUUAGCUAUAAGCCUUUUAGUACUGCAGCUCACUUGCCUUUUUUCAAAUGUAUACAAUUUCACUUCUUCCACAACCGCAGCCAGGUGAGCAUCCACAUCUCUUUUCCCCUCUCUGUUUUUCCCAAUAAAACCCAACGUUGUACCUCUCAUAACCCGA